ACAGAACAACCUGCCCCGGUACACCGCCCCCAGGCAGCAUGUCAUAUUUUACACACCGCAUGUUCAUCCCAAGAGCUGCCUCCUGCCUGCGCUUCAGCAACAUCUGAUCAACAUCCACAGCACAGACAGAGUGAAGCCAGGCUCCAGUCUCACUGCGCUGCCUCAAGGGACACGCGCAGACCCGCAGGUAUUCCAGGGUGAUCGGAGCUUCGUUCAACAUGCUUGGCAUCUGCGUGUGCCUCUGUGCGCUUUUCUCACACGUCCUGUCCCAGGAGGCUGAGGAGCCUAUCUCCUACACAUGCACUGAGGGGUAUGAAUACGACAGUGCCCGAGAGCAGUGCAGAGACAUCGAUGAGUGUGUCUUGCUGGAUGAUGCCUGUAAAGGUGGGAUGCAGUGUAUCAACCACUUUGGAGGCUAUCUGUGCCUGCCCAAGAAUGCUGUGAUCUACAUCAGUAAGGAGGCCACAGAUGUGGUGCCAGAGGUCGGGCCUCCCGUGGCCCCAGUGGCCCCAGUGCAGCCUCAGCCUCCCCGGAUAGCCGGCGGUGGGAGGGGGGGCCGCACGGUGCACUGUGUUCCUGGAUUCAUCGCAGACGACCAGAAUCUGUGCAGAGAUGUCGACGAGUGUGCGACGGGGAGGCACACAUGUGGUCCGGAGCAGUCAUGUGUCAACACCAGAGGCUCGUUCACCUGCCAGUGUCCUCAGGGCUAUCAGAGGAGCGGGGACCACUGCACAGAUAAAGAUGAGUGCUCGCUGACACAUUACUGCAUGCACCGCUGUGUCAACACUCCGGGCUCAUACUACUGCGAAUGCAACGUGGGCUACAAACUGGCCAGCAACAAUCACAGCUGUGUGGAUGUGGACGAGUGUGACGUGCAGAGCCCCUGUCAGCAUCACUGUUUCAACCUGCUGGGCUCCUUCCUGUGCCAGUGUGAGCAGGGCUUUGAGCUGGCCCAUGACUCCGUCUCAUGUCAAGAUAUUGACGAGUGCAGUUUCUCCAGCUACAUGUGUCAGUACCAGUGCAUCAACACGGCCGGGAGCUACUCUUGUGAGUGUCCAGAGGGCUACCAGCUACAAGGGAACAGGCUGUGCCAAGACAUCAACGAGUGUGAGAUGGGGACUCACAACUGCCAAGAGGAUGAAAUGUGCUGGAACUAUUAUGGAGGCUUUCGCUGUUAUCCCAGAAAUCCCUGUGAGCCGCCCUACACCAAGAGCUCGGAGAAUCGCUGCAUCUGCCGCUCCACGACUGAUUGCCAGAGCCUCCCUCCCUCCAUUGUCUACAAGUACAUGAGCAUCCAGGCCGACCGCACCGUGCCAGCCGACAUUUUUCAGAUUCAGGCCACCAACAUGUAUGCCAACACUCACAAUACCUUCAGGAUCAAAGCUGGCAACGAGGGAGGAGAGUUCUUCCUCAGGAGGUCCAGUAGUGUGAGUGCCAUGUUAGUGAUGACCAAGCCUCUGUCCGGCCCGCGGGAGUGUGUGGUGGACCUGGAGAUGGUCACGCAUCACAUGACCAUGAACUACAAGACCAGCUCUCUGCUCCGGCUCACCAUUAUUGUGGGCCCCUACCCCUUCUGAGCUCUCUUCUAGUACAAAACAGCAAAAGCCGAAGCAAGAGUUAACUUACUGUACAUAUGUUUACAUUGUGUGAGGCUGACGAUGUGUUCAUAAGAUAUCUUUUCCUGAGUCAAAAGCUUAAUAGGAAACAAUGGGUGCGUUCACACUAGUCUUGUUUUGAUUCUGGUUUGAGCUCAGUUUAGUCCUUUUGCAGACUUGGUUUGGUUCUCUUUUGUCCUGGUUUAAUCCAGAUUCAGUUCCGGUUUCUUCCCAGUUUAGUCCCAAUUUCAUAUUGUUUUUGGGCAAGUGUGAACGCAGCCCACCACAAGAAGCGUAUAAACCUACUACAAUAUGAGCACUUUAACCUGACUGACAUUUUGAAACUCUAUUCAAGUAGAAGUACAAAGUAGUGGUCCAAGGAAUUACUCAAGCCAGAGUUAAAUAUAAGCAUUUGGAAAACACACCUUAUGAACGCAGACGGGGUUUUAAACGUAUUGCUCCAAAAUGAUCCCAUUGACAUCCAAUGAAAUGCCUAAGUGCUCCUUUCAUUUCUUUGAGCAGUCCACAUUCAUUAUUCAAAAGGUCUUUUAUUUCAGCCUGACAAUGCAGUUUGAGUGGCAACAUGUUAUAUACCUGCUUCAGUUGAUUGAGGUCCUAAGCUUUGUUGUGCAAAAAUGUACAUAGGUAAAUUCUUCAUAUUUACGUAUACAAAGUAUUUGAGGAGUGGUAUUCACUAGUGUACUUAGUGAAACACCGAGGAGUUUAUAUGUACAUAAUUUACUACAGAAUAUAUGUGUGUGUAGUAUGCUGGUGUGAUGGUCAAAAGCUUUAAAGGUGCACUAUAGCCUGUAUUUUCCAUCGGUUCCAUUUGGAGCGGAUUGGUAUGAUCCAAAAGUAUUUCCACUGACUUAAAUGAACCAUACCAGUCUGUUUUAAGGGUCAAAAACGUACUACUCAUUGUUCUAGCUCCCAAAGGGGUCUCGCCCUCUUUGGCUUCAGGACUAAGGAGGAGUUAUGCUCUGCAACAAUAUGAUUAUAUAAGAAAGAAUGCAGAGUGUGGCUUAAACAAGUGCGCAAAAGCAGAUAUGAACUUAAUAAUUUUUCAAACACUGACUGCAAAUUACAUGUUGAUUGUCGAUGUGUUUAACAUGGAGGGUCUCUGUCACCUACUCGUCUCCAUAGAGAUGUUUUUGUUUUGCAUGAGAUGUUGCAUUUAUUUGAUGUCACUUACGUUUAUUAAAUUAUAGACGUUUAAAUCCUUGAAAAACAUGCUGCAAAUCUGAGCUGUAACUUGGCUUUGUGGCAUCACCUGUUUGUUAAAGCUAUACUGUGGGACAUUUUUGUAAAGCAAUAACAUCUCCAAAUGACGGAUCGUCCUCCAUAAAAGUGCCAUAGUGCACCUUUGAUAUGUGUGUGUGUUGCUUGCGUGACUGUGUGAGUGCUGGGAGAGGGAAAGAGUGAGUGAGUUGACUUUUGGUGGAUGCGGUCUGUUUGUGUAUGCGCGCUGUGCCAGCCUAACAACCAGCGGUCAGAGGAGCAAUAACACUGAGGGGCAGAACACGCAGAGGAAAUAAGGCCUGGGUAGCACUUGGCUCCGCUCACCUUGGCUCCGGGCAUGCUGGGUGCCAGGCUGGUGCCGCUGGAUGUGGCACAGGGGGAUUGCGUGAGCCAGAGGGUUACAGAGCUGUGGCUGCUGGUUUGUUUGAGUGUUAACAUGGUACCACCACAAGUUUGCCAAACGGAGAGAUUUCGCACUAACUGCUUUCACCUUUCAUUACUCCAUAUUACUAAAACAUGAACUCUGCAGAGAUGACAAAUGUAAUGCAAAUGUAAGCACUCUCUUUUCAGCCAUGAGUGGGAAAAAGUGCCUUAAAACUGAUUACACUUUUAGUAUGAUUUUUAAAUGGAACACAUGUAGCUGUGUUUUACAAUAGGCCAAUGCAAAAUACCUGAAUACGAAUCUGCUUGUUUGAUUCCCUACUGUUGAUAUCCCGUAUACAUGUGUAGUAACUGCAUAAUAUGGCACAUCUGAGAACAAAACCUCUGUGUUAGCUUUGUCCUUAUUUAGGAUUCACACCAAAAAUAUAUGUGUUCGCUUUUAUAAAAAACACAUUUUCUAUUGAAACAAAGUGUAUAUUUUUUACCUGUAUCUUCAAAUGAUUGUAUGCUUAAGACCAAAAAUUGUAAUGUUAAAUAAACUUCUAUGAAUACAAUUA